AAAUUUUACAAAUCCCAGUUGUGCAUAUGUGAAGCAACCAACUAUUGUUACCGGUACUCUUAAUAAUUGUCUGGUAUAAAAUUCAUUUACCUUUUAGCCUUGAAAAAACCUGUGAUUUCAAAAAGCGUUAUCGUUUUGUUUAUAAACACAACAACAGGAUUAUAUGAAUUAGUGAGUAGAUUACUUGGAGUAAAAAUGAAAAUACUAAAUUUGAUAUUAUUGGUGUCGUGCUACGUCCGGAAUGCAAAAUCGGACGUUGUUUUCGAAAUAUCGAACAGGGAGCCGGGUCCUAUUUGGAUCGGGAUCCAGGGCAAUCCUGGACAUCCGCAUUUGCAUAAUGGCGGAUUCGCUUUGAACCAAGCACAAACGUUCGAAGUAUCGGCACCGGACAAUUGGGCAGGUAGAUUUUGGCCGAGAACCUGGUGCGACCCGAACUCCAAACAUUGCGAAACCGGCGACUGCGGAAACCGAUUAGAAUGCCAAGGAGCCGGUGGCAACCCACCAGCAACUUUAAUAGAAAUCACCCUUAAGGGCUGGCAAGGCUUGGACUACUACGACAUUUCACUUGUUGACGGUUUCAACCUUCGUGGAUUUAUUGAACCAGUAAACGGCAAUGGUCCGCAAGGACAAUACAGUUGCACCAAAGCCAAGUGCCUUUCGGACAUCAACACCGAUUGUCCGAACGAUUUGAGGUUGAUUCACGCAGGGCUAACAAUCGCUUGUCAUUCUGCUUGCAAUAAAUUCAAUACUGAUACUUAUUGUUGCAGAGGUGCGCAUGACCGUCCGGAAACUUGCAGAAGCCAAGAUUGGCCCAAAGAUUAUCCAGCGUUCUUUAAAAACGCUUGUCCCGACGCUUAUAGCUACGCUUAUGAUGAUCAUAAGAGUACUUUUACGUGUAAAGCUGAUAGAUAUAGGAUACAUUUCGGCGAUAGCUAUUAAAUUGUAUAGAUUACAUCUUGGAAAUUGAUUUUUAAUAAAAAACAAAGUAAGUUAUCAUAACACUGUCUUUUGAUAUUGAUUUAUAUUUAGAUUUAGCUUGGAAUUGAGAGAGAUAAUGAAAUUACAAUCACAUCCAGA